AUGACACCCAAAGCCAAGGACGACAUGCCCUCCACGGACAUCGCGGCAUUCAAGGCCCAUCUCCUCAACUCUCGCCGCAUCGUUGCUCUCCUCGGCGCAGGACUGAGCGCAUCAAGCGGACUACCUACCUUUCGUGGCGCAGGAGGUCUCUGGCGCAACUACGAUGCGACUGUGCUGGCAACUCCCACCGCCUUCCGCAAUGAUCCUGGCCUUGUCUGGCAGUUCUACUCCUACCGUCGCCAUAUGGCAUUGAACGCCAAGCCGAAUCCAGCACACUACGCCCUGGCUGAGCUGGCGCGGCGCAACCCGCAGUUCUUGACGUUGAGCCAGAACGUGGACAACCUUGGACCCAGAGCAGGUCAUCCGGAAAAGCAGUUGAAGCUCCUACAUGGCAACCUGUUCGACAUUAAGUGUUGGGACGAGCGCCGCUGCGGCUAUGUACGCAAGAAUGAUCUGACUGACCCAAUUGUCGAAGCACUGGCAAUUCCGGAAGACCAGGCCGCUAUCGAUGUGAUGCUACAGAAGAAGGACGGUGUCGAUCCAGAGAAGCCUGCUUUUGGCAAUAAGCUACUGGAGAAACACAUUGCUCAGAAGGGUGCUUCAAUUGGGACAUCAGGCGAGGAGACUGCUGCGCCGGAGCUCAAAGAGCCUGGCCAAAUAGUCAACACGAAAGCUGCGAAGACUGCAGAGCGACAAUCCGACGUGCCCUCGAACCCUCUGAUUCGGGGCCUUGACAUCUCCAACGCCGACAUCCCGAUCUCAUCACCACCCACAGGAGCCCUCCCACACUGCCCGAAAUGCGAGAAGAAUCUCCUGCGUCCGGGUGUCGUGUGGUUCGGCGAGUCUCUCCCAGAGGAUGUCAUGCAAUCCGUCAAUGACUACUUCGCAGAGAAUGACAAGAUCGACCUCAUGUUAGUCAUCGGCACUUCAGCCAAGGUAUGGCCUGCUGCAGGAUACUCCGCCAUGGCAAAGAAGAAGGGUGCAAGAGUUGCGGUAAUCAACAUGGAUCGCAGCGAUGCUCGAGCACUGGACAGUGACGACUUCUUCUUUGAGGGCGAUGCUGCUGUGCUGGUGCCUCAGCUUCUGGAAGGGGUAAUUGGCAAGCCAGACACGUGGCGAAGUGCUGAAGAUGCUAAACAAUGA